ACUGCUGUUUUGUUGCCCACAAUAUUAUCACUCCGUAUUUCGCUAACUAAUACAUAUACAUACACAUACCCACACAGCCAAGAAAGAUCGAUCGAGCGUUUCAGCCUGGAGGCCUGAUUUUCCUUUUCAUAUCGCUCUCGAGGUUAACAUUUUGGUGGCAUUGAUAAUUCUGAUCUUGACUUGUGACGGUCCUGUUCUUUUGUUACGGUUUUUUCGUAUUUUGGAUCUUUCGAGUUUCAUUUAAAAGGACGGGGAAUGCAGAAAGAUGUGCUUGAACGCUAGAAGGUCUUUCGGUGAGGUUGAGGCUGGAGCUCGUUUUGAGCCAUCCUACUAUUAUGCGUUUGAUGAGAUUGGACAGGUGUAUAGCCAUGUCGGGUUCUGUUAUCUAAUGCCAGCGGUGGCUAAAUAUUUCGGGGCGCAGAUUAUAUCUUAUCACGACCACUGUGAAGACGGUUGAACUGCUAUUAUCGUAUUGUUAAGUGGCAAAGUAGGGAGUACUAGAAAUGGAGAGUGAAGGGAGUGUUACGUUGCAACAUUACGAGUUAGGGAAAUUGAUAGGACAAGGGAGCUUUGCCAAGGUGUAUCGUGCGAGGAAUCUCAAGAAUGGCAUGAGCGUUGCUGUUAAGAUCAUCGACAAGGAAAAGAUUCUCAAAGCGGGAAUGAUGGAGCAAAUCAAACGGGAGAUCUCGGUGAUGAGGCUUGUGAAGCACCCGAGUGUAGUGCAUCUUCACGAGGUUAUGGCGAGCAAGACUAAGAUUUACUUUGUCAUGGAAUAUGUUAAGGGCGGUGAGCUCUUUAACAAGGUGGUCAAAGGGAAGCUAAAAGAAGAUGCGGCUAGGAAAUAUUUUCAGCAGCUGAUUAGUGCCGUUGACUUCUGUCACAGUCGAGGCGUUUACCACCGGGAUCUGAAACCCGAGAAUCUUCUGCUGGACGAGAACGGUAAUCUAAAGAUUUCGGACUUUGGGUUGAGCGCCCUUGCGGAAUCUAGGUGUCUAGAUGGCUUACUUCACACCACUUGUGGGACACCCGCAUAUGUUGCUCCCGAAGUGAUAACUAGAAAAGGCUACGAUGGUGCAAAAGCUGAUGUUUGGUCGUGCGGGGUGAUCUUAUACGUUCUAUUGUCUGGAUAUCUCCCCUUCCAAGAUCCGAAUUUGAUGGAGAUGUACCGAAAAAUAAGGAAGGCUGAGUUCAAGUAUCCUAACUGGUUCUCUCCCGAUGCUCGUAAACUGAUUUCGAAGAUAUUAGAUCCAAACCCUAAAUCCAGGAUUUCCAUUGCCAAAAUAAUGGAAAGUUCUUGGUUCAGAAAGGGUUUGGAUUUGAAAGCGGGUCCUGAUUCUAGAUCCAAAGACACUGAGGCAAAGGAGGCCUUAGUUGAUGUUUGUGAAAGCAUCAACAAGACAACAGAGGCAAACCAAGAAUCUGAAAAGCUCAAAAACUUGAACGCGUUUGAUAUCAUCUCAUUUUCAUCAGGUUUUGACUUGUCCGGUUUGUUUGUGGAAGAUGAUGAAAAGGGAGAGGAUAGAUUCACAUCCAGACAACCGGCAAAAGCCAUCAUCUCCAAGCUAGAAGACAUUGCUCAGCAUCUAAAGUUGAAGAUAAUGAAGAAGAAAGGAGGAUUCUUGAGAUUCGAAGGAUCAAGACUAGGAAGGCGAGGGGUUCUAUCCAUCGAUGCAGAAAUCUUUGAAAUUACUCCCGCUUUCCAUUUGGUGGAGUUGAAGAAGUCGAAUGGAGAUACACUAGAAUAUUGGAAAAUGAUGAAGCACGACAUAAGGCCAGCGUUGCAAGACAUCGUUUGGGCUUGGCAAGGUGAUCAACCGCGACCUCAGCAGCUCGAAGAACAACCAGACCUACACUCCUCACAACUCAUUACUAAGCUAUUGAUUUGAUUGACUGCUAUAAUGCGGAGAUUCGUGUAUAAUGCCAGCAAUCCGUGUCCAUUUAUGACUGCUUAAAAUUUAUUUCUUGAUGAAUGAUGCAUUUAUGUUCUUUUAGUCUGUCUUGGAAUAUUGUGAUAAUUGUAGGUUAUUGGAUUACUUGUAAUUUCUUGGA